UGAACCAUCGUUCACUCUAAGUUCCCAACGGCAUUUCCCGUCACUAUAAGAACCUCUUGGGUUUAAAUGAUCCAGAAGAACAACCUGACUAUUAGUGACCUCAAGUUGGGUCAGUAAUACAUUACUUGUGUGAGUGGUGGUGUGGUCCUCACGGCCCAGUCGGCCUACACCAGGGUCGCCAGGCUCUGUGAUACGGCCGCCACAGUUUACUAAGCCUACGACAGCGUCAUCAUAAUAGGCCUACAAGAAGACCUCGCAGGAUACUUGGCGUGUUCUCCACUGGUGUACGUAAGCGGCGUGAGGAAUGUAUGGCGUCUGGUGCACAAGAGUAGGCCCACAGUAGGAUGGUACAGGUGCGUCCUGCGUCCGUCAUAGCGCAGUAGACUACACCUCGACGGUGCACUGGGAGACUUUGGCAGACAAGCCAGUGUGUGUGUGAGUGGAAGACUUGGUGAAGGACGAUGGUCGUCACAGUACCCGGGCGAGGGGCGGCCAGCGUCACAGUACCCGGGCGAGGGGCGGCCAGCGUCACAGUACCCGGGCGAGGGGCGGCCAGCGUCACAGUACCCGGGCGAGGGGCGGCCAGCGUCACACCCCCACUGCUGCUGCAUCUCGCCAUGGCGUCCUUCCUCUCAGGCUGUUGUGGGCUGCACAUCGUGGACCUGGUGGUGCCGGAGGUCAUCCAGAACGGGUCGCGGUCUUCUGUGGUCCUGGACUGCGCCUACCGCUACGAGCGCUACGAGCAGGAGGGCCUGGUGGUCAAGUGGUUCUGGAACAACGAGCCGGAGGCCGUCUACCAGUGGAUCCCAGGCAAGAUGCCCGAGGCCAUGGGCAUACUCAAGGGGCGGGUGAACCUGGAGUACCCAGCGACGCGGGACAAGUACAGCAAGCACAGGGCCCUGGAGAUCCUCCACCCGACCACCAACCUCACCGGCUCCUUCACCUGCCGGGUCUCCUCCUUCCACGAAGAGGACUUCGCCUCCAAGAAGAUGAUUGUCUAUGCGCCAGCCACCAGCAUGAACAUGUCGUACAGCAGGCCGGCGACGGGCAGCGUCAACAUCAGUUGUGACGCGCAUGGGAUGUUUCCCGAGCCUCACCUUCUGCUCUACAAGGGCGCCUCCAAGCGAACCAGGUCGUCGGUGGAGGCGGAGGUGGAGGUGCUGGAGGGGGAGGAGGGCUUCAGCAUCUACCUGGAGGCCGUGCUGGAGGACCGCUCUCUGCGCCACGAGACCAUCUUCGAGUGUGUGCUCCUCAUUCCUGGCACAGAGUACCAGGUCCGCAGGAGUAUUAUAUACUUCCCAGGUCACGACGCGUACAGCAGCUAUGAUUCAGCUGCUGGGAACAAAAAGUUGCAAGUAGCACGGGCUAUGGUGAGCCCGUAGUGGAGUUACCUGCCACAGGAGCGGGGCUGUAACUUGUGAUGUCAUUUUCAAGGAAUUGUUAUAUAGUAGAAUGCAAAGGUGUGUAGGAUGGUGUAUUGGUUAAGGUGUAGUGAUGCUGUGUUGUGUUGGCAGGUAGGGCGAGAGUGGCGGGUGCCUCGCCCCUGCUGGUGAUGCUGCUACUGCUGCCUCGCCUACUGCUGCUGCUCCAGCCUCCUGCUGCCACUAGCCUCCUCGCCCCUCUCCUAGGGGCCCUCUCCUAGGGGUCCUCUCCUAGGGCCCUCUCGCAAAACACAUUUCUCUACUCUUAAAGCUUCUCCAUACACUGUUUGCUCUUUCCGCUGCCGCUACAGUGUCACCCGCUGCCGCUACAGUGUCACCCGCUGCCUCUACAGUGUCACCCGCUGCCGCUACAGUGUCACCCGCUGCCGCUACAGUGUCACCUUGGGCCACAUUGGACACUAACGACCACAGUUACCUAGAGAGUCACCAAGAUG